AUGGCGAGGCCGGUGGGGUGGCUCGGCGGAUGUGGCGCAGUGCAGGCAGCAGCGAGCGGCGACGAGCGGGGGCGCGGCCGCGGAGCGGCGAACGCGAGCAGCAGAGGAGAGCAAGAGCAGGCAGCGCGGGCGGCUGCGAGCGUGGGUCACGCACAUAGACAGCGCGGGUCAUGGCAGUGCGCGGCCAGGCGAGGGAAGGCAGGGGUGGCUGCAGGCAGGCGGGCGCGGGCGCUAGGGCGCAGCUGCAGCGCAGGGAAGGCAGGGCGCGGCAACCGCGAGCUCCUCGGGAGCUCGGGCGCGACGGCGGGAGCGACCCACGGCGUAUGGGAGAGCUAA